ACUUAUUUAAAAAAGGUAUUCGGUCAAUCUCGGUCUGACUCUGAAAGAGCUGAUGGAGAUGUUGUUGGUGUUGGCGGUGGUCAUCUCUGUGGCGGCAGCGACAACCUUGCCAGAGGCUGUCAUUCGCCAGGAUGACCGUGGACUGGAGUUCAGUCUUCCUCAUGUGGCGGGUACCAAGAAAGGUUCACUUCAGCUACGAACUUGAAUCCAAAGAUGACGGUGCCAUCACCAGAACUGGAGUCGCUUCAAUAAACGGAGAUGGUUACUGGAGGUAUCUAGACGAGAAGAUAAAACUUGCCCCGGGGGAUAAAGUGCAAUACUCUACAGCCUUGUGGACUGCAAGCGGCAAGAUUCAGGGGCUGCCAAGCCAGUGGAUAUAUGCUCCCGUUCCCACCCUGGGCCCUCGACACACUCGAGCUGUUGUGUUUCGGGACGACUUCAACGGCGCCAACUUGGACCGGGCCCACUGGAAGUACGAGGUGUCCAUGUUUGGCGAAUGGGAAUUUAUUGCAAACUGGGAGUUCCAGGUGUACACCCCAGAGCACGCAAACGUCUUUCUUCAAAAUGGACAUCUUUUCCUCAAGCCUACACUGACCAUUUCUGAUCCACGAUUUAACGAACAUUUCCUCACGACGGGUACCAUGGACAUGACAGCACUUUGGGGUGUGUGUACAAACUCGGGUAACUACGGCUGUACCCGCGAAGGUCGUAACGGUAUGCUGCCCCCAUCAUGUCAGGUAAAGUACCACCAUACCACCAUCAGGUUCGGCCAGGUGGAGGUGCGAGCACGCAUACCUGUGGGUGACUGGAUCUGGCCAGCAAUCUGGAUGAUGCCACGUGACAGUGCCUAUGGAACGUGGCCACGCUCUGGUGAGAUCGACAUCAUGGAGUCCAGAGGCAAUCUCAAUGCUCACAGCGGCGGGGUUAAUCAUGGCGUCAACGAGGUCUCCUCCACCCUGCACUGGGGCACUGCCUGGGAUCACAACCAUUAUUCUCUCACGCACGGCGAGGUACGCAAAAGCCAAGGAAACUUUCACACUGAGUUCCAUACCUGGAAGCUGGACUGGACUCACGAUCACAUCAUAACUUCUGUCGAUGGCCAGCAAGUUCUGAGAGUGGUUCCUCCUGCCGGUGGUUUCACGGAACUCGGACACGUGACAGGCAGUCCAUGGCCAGCCAACAGCAAAAUGGCGCCAUUCGAUCACGAUUUCUUCUUGAUCCUGAACGUGGCAGUGGGAGGCACCAACGGCUAUUUCCCCGAUGGCUGGAACUACGGCGUGGCCAAGCCCUGGCCCAACAACUCGCCUCACGCCAACGCGGACUUCUGGGCCAAACGCAACCAAUGGGAGAGCACGUGGCAUGGCAACAACGCUGCCAUGGAGAUAGACUACGUGGAACUGAGGAGCUUGUAACUUAUUUGACGACAUUUAUUUGAAGAAAUAAACAAAAACUGUAAACUUG